ACGCAAAAGCGAAACCACGACCACAAACAAAAAGAACGUCUCCUUCCUUCCACGCCAUGCUAUUGGGGUUAUUGGCGAAAAUCCUCUUUGAUAAAAGCCCUAACUCCUCUCCUCCAUUCGCCUUCCUCUCCCACCGCCGUCUCCGACCACCGCCUCAUCCAUGGCGUCUCCAAACCCUAGCCCUAGCCCCAACUCCCUCUCCACGCCCCUCCUCUCUGACUCCGUCGCGCCGACCCGCGCUGUCAACGACCACGGCAACCAUCACCACGGCCACGCCGCCGCCUCCGUGUGCGAUGGCGGCGGCGACCCGUUCGCGUUCCUCUCGGAGGAUCGUCCCCCGCGGGACCGAGGCCCGUCCCCGGCCGACCCGUUCCGCAACGGGACGCCGGCGUGGGGCGGCGGCUUGUACGGGUGGGCGAGGGCGCUGCUGUGCGCGCCGGUCGCGGCCGUGCGGCUGGUGCUGUUCGGGCUGGCCAUCGCGGUCGGGUACGCGGCCACGCGGGUGGCGCUGCGCGGGUGGGUCGACACGCAGGGGCUUCCGCGGGAGGGCGCCGGGCCCAUGCCGGCGUGGCGGCGACGGCUCAUGUGGGUCACGCGGAUCUCCGCGCGCUGCAUCCUCUUCGCCUUCGGGUAUCAUUGGAUCAAGAGGAAAGGAAGGCCUGCCCCCAGAGAACUCGCACCUAUAGUUGUUUCCAAUCAUGUCUCGUACAUAGAACCUAUAUUCUACUUCUACGAACUGUUUCCAACCAUUGUUUCAUCGGAGUCUCAUGAUUCCCUACCGUUAGUUGGAACAAUUAUUCGAGCAAUGCAGGUUAUAUAUGUCGAUAGAUUCUCACCAGCUUCAAGGAAGGCUGCUGUAAAUGAAAUAAAGAGAAAGGCCGCUUGCAAUAGCUUUCCACGGGUCCUGUUAUUCCCUGAAGGCACCACAACAAAUGGGAGAUUCCUGAUUUCAUUCCAACAUGGCGCAUUCAUACCGGGCUACCCUGUUCAACCAGUUGUUGUUCGUUAUCCACAUGUGCACUUUGAUCAAUCAUGGGGAAAUAUAUCGUUAGUAAAACUCAUGUUUAAGAUGUUCACCCAGUUUCACAAUUUCAUGGAGGUUGAGUACCUCCCUAUUGUCUACCCUCCUGAGAUCAAGCAAGAGAAUGCCCUUCAUUUCGCAGACAAUACCAGCUAUGCUAUGGCACAUGCCCUUAAUGUUUUGCCGACUUCUUAUUCAUAUGGUGAUUCAAUGAUUAUUGCACGAGCAGCAGAAGCUGGAAAGGCGAAUUGCUCAAAUUAUAUGGUAGAAAUGGCCUGGGUAAAAGAGAUUUAUGGUGUAAGCACAGCAGAAGCAAUGGAACUCUUGGAACACUUCCUAGCUAUGAAUCCAGAUAGCGAUGGACGUGUGAAAGCACAAGACUUUUGGGCUCCUUUUGGUCUAGAUUGCAGUCCUCUGUGCAAAAAGAUAUUUCACUACUUCGAUUUCGACAAAAAGGAAUCCAUAACAUUCCGUCAGUUCUUGGUUGGGUGUGCGCACCUCAGGAAGCAGCCGUUGUUCGAGGGUGCCUGCGAGACUGCCUUUGAGAAGUGCAGGGAUCCGGAAACAUCCGACAUCUCCAGGGCGCAGCUAGCUGACGUCCUACGGUUAAGCAUGCUGAUGCCUUCUGACGACGGGAUGCUAAAGCUGUUCAAGACGUUCGACGUCGACGAUGACGAUAAGAUCGGCAAGGAUGACUUCGUCACGUGCCUCCAGAGAUUGCCCUUUAUGAUCGCGCUCUUCGCUGGCCCGAUCAACGGGGAAGUGUACAUCGAGAUAGUCUGAAUUCUGAUGCAGUUCAGAGCCGUGUAAGAGUAAAGGCUGGUGCUGAAAGACGCAGGGACUCCUCCGUUUAUCCAUAGGGAUCCCCUCCACCGUCCGUUUUGAGACACCAACCAGAAACCACCUUAUGCAUGCAUGGGCUGCACAGAGUGGCUAACCAGUAUAGUGCGACAGUUUUGUUUUGUUUCGUUUCUUCGAUGAAGUUAUCACUACGGAAAUCUGUUGCGAGAUACGCGCUGGGUUAUGCAUAUGGUACAACAUCGAUUGGAUUGAGUGCACAUAGAAAUCUCUACCAUAUCAAAUACGAGUUGAUUUUCACAUCUUCUCUUA